AGAAAAUAAAGCUGCAAAGUUGGUGACAGAUGUUAAACUGGAGAUGAAUAGAAAUGUCACUAUACGACACACGAAACGACUGCAAAAGCAUUUACUGACUAAAAAUUGCACAAUACAUCCCCAAAGAUCCAAAAAGACAACAAAAGGAUGAACAUGAGACUCAAAGCGCUUACAGAGACAGUCAUGAAAUCAUUGAAAAUGAUCACAAACACAGAUGCAAAGUGUCAAAAUUCAACAAAAUCCGACAAAAUAUUUACAAAAAGACCCAAAUCAAGUAUUAAAAAAGAAAAAUGGAUGGAAAAUAAUAAAGAUAAUGCUGAGGGUCUUAGGGGUGGAAGCCGUUAUAACUGCUCAUAAUUCAUCUAAAUGUGAAUCCAUAUCUAUUUCCACACAAAUGCACAAAGGCUGAUUAAUCUUAGUUGGUCAUUGUUGCUUUUUCUUUCUGUUUUAUCAUUUUCAAUUCAAUGUUUGGCUUUUCGAUAAACGUUACUCAUACUUUACAAGUAUUAUUAUUUAUUAAUAAGAAAACACAGGUCAUCCACAGAUACUGGUCUAUUAAUGAUGGUUUUCUUCAUUUAAUGUCUAAAAGAGUCGGGAAGGAACCAGACGGUGGAAUGCAGCCGUCAAUAAUUCACAUGUCACAGUAGGGAAAGGACAGGAGAUCCCAAAAUGUGACAUCAAACGUUUACAUGUUAGCAGCUGUGAAGGAGACGGGAGACUGUCAAAAGAUCUGCCAUCGUACAUUAUUUCUGUGAAUUAAGAUAGAUGCAUAUUACUAAGAAUUAAUGAGCCUUUUUAUCAUCCAGAGAUAAAAUCAUUUACUGGGACGUACACAUUGCCUGGUGCAAAGAAACAGAUUUUCAUGUUGUGUAAUGGAGCUGUGUGUUUAGAUAUCUGUAUGGGGCAUGGGUUUUACUAGAAAGCAACCUUAUUUAUGUCCAUUCAAGUCCGGAUCAUUUUGAAAGGAGACAAACUGGACGGUGCAACAAUGAAUAUCUGGUUUGUUGUCUGUCCAAAACAUGAGGCAUAGGCUGCAUGCUAGGGAACAAAACUAAAAAAUAUUAUGUAUGACAGAUUUUAGAUUGUCAUUAUUUAUAUAUACACUUUUUUUUUUUUUUUGCAGUUGGAAUAUAAAGGCUUUGUUAAUGUAAAAACAUACUGGGCAAGAAAUUCCGAGACUUGGAUGCAUUUAAGACAGAAGAUAAAUCAAAGUAAAAUUAAACGCAUUUUCUUCCUGCAUCUUUCACUUCGGCCAAUUAUUUUGAUUUGCAUUCGUGCAUAAUUUCAUGAUGAUGAUGAUGAUGAUGAUGAUGAGGAUGAUGAUAAUGAUGAUGAUGGCCCCUUCUCUCGGCCUAUCAGCGUUCAGCUCUCUUCUCCUCUCUCAGGAUGACGCAGAUCAGCUCCCGUGUGUUCAUGCUGGUCAGCUGUUGUCUGUGGAGAGGACUUAUCAGGAAACAGCAGCAGCAGCAGCAGCAGCAUCUGCGACGGACGAUGGAGACCGAAACACGGACGGAGCUGCAGUAGAGAUGUAGAGAGAUGUUGUGAGACUAACCGACCAUUGAGUUUUCACGUUUAUAUAUAGAUUUAUAUAUAUAUUUUUAAGUCCGCGUCAGCCUCAGCUACACCUGCCGUGGAUGGUUUUCUCGAUGGGUUGUGGAGGGAGUCGGGCGGACGCGAUCAUCGAGCCGAGGUAUCAUGAAAGCUGGACCAGAGAAACUGAAUCGACGUGGCUGACCAACACGGACGUAGAGACUCCUUUACCCGUGGCAAACAGCAAAGCUCUGGAGGCCAAUUUGAGGGAGAAGAGGAUGGUGAACACGGGCACCCAGUGUGGGAAGCAGGGCCUCACCAGCACCGGCUCCAGCCACCAGAGGAGACCCAGACGCUCCCUCACUGAUCAAACCACCCGUGACUCCAAACGGAGGGCGUCCAAAGAGGCCAGUGCUUUGUCGAAGGACGGGCAGCCCGUCAGUAUCAACAGCAGUGGAGACCCUGAACCUGGGAGCGCGUGUGACGAAAGAUGAAGAAAAGCCGAGACUCUGUGAAGAAGAAGAAGAAAAAGAGGGGGAUGGCAGGAGCUGCGUGAAGCUCACCUGAAGACGGGGCAGAUGGUGAUUUCCCGAAGUGUGUGGAUGGUGUUUGCUAGAGACUCUGCAAGAUCCCGGCGUGUCGGUCGCAGUGAUUUACAAUAUAAGCACCUGCAUACGUCUCCACCCAAAGACCUCUGGAUGCUGCAUUUUUGUCGUGCCAUUGCAAAUGCAUGUGUGAAGAAGAGUAGUGGGUGACAAACGAUGUUUGCACUCUCCACCGUGCUUUCUCUCCCAUGCUUAUGGUGCCAGUCAGGGAAUGUUUCACUGUGUUGAGCCAAAAUCUUUAGAAAAAACAAAAAAAAACAGAUUGUCCCAUAUGGACAUGAUAAUCACAAUCUGCACAUCCAAUGUGUUGUGUGUGGGGCCUUCCUAAAGAAUUUGCUUCAGUUCUUUGUGCAAGUAUACUCCUUUUGUUGUGAAUGGUAUGGGAACCAGUGACGAUGCCGUUUAAACUCAGUCGAUGCUGUAAGUGAUUUUCAUCUAUAAGAACCUAAAGUGCUGUUUAGAAGUUGAGAUUUUGAAGCUUGAAGGCUGAGAAAAAUGCCUUUUCUAGCCUUUGCAAGUUAAAGAAACAAACACACCUGCAUGUGCCUACAAUUUACCUGGAUUUGAACUGCUCUUGUGUUAUAUUUUGACCGGUAUAUUUUGGCUUUAUUCUGUAUUAUUAUUAUUAAUAUUAGUUAUUCUCUGUUAUGUCGUGUAAUGGUACACAUUAUUUGUCACAUUGUAUUGUAACAUGUCAAUUUUUUUGUGGCUUACAUGACUUGCAUGUAUAAAUCAGAAUUAUAUUGAUUCAGCGUUGGUAACAGAAGUCUCUAACAGAAGCAAGCCAUCUCUCAAAUAAAACAUUUUGCCUAUCAAGCA